AAAAAGGUUCACUUUGUGGCUCAAGAGGAGGAAACACAUGAAAUAACUGAUGUGCAAGACGAAUUCAUAUUAAGAACUUGUAAGGGAGAUGAAACCAUAAAUGAACAAAUUAAAAAAGUAUAUACUAAAAAUUCGAGGACUACUCUUUGGAGACAAAAUAAAAAGAAAAGAGAGGAAGAAAACGCGAGGGAAAAUCAAACUGCUGAUAUAUCUUUCAAUAAUAAAACACCAAAUAAUACAUUACUCAAUGCUAAAGCAUUGAGUAAUACACCACUCAAUGAUAAGGCUUUGGCACCAAGUAAUAUAUUAAUCAAUGCUGAAGCUUCAGCGUCAAGGCGAGAUAAAAUGAAUGCUAGUUUUUUUGUUGCAAGAACAGUGUGGAAUAAGGGUGACUAUACAGCAAGGGCUCUAAAGAUGCAUAUUGAAGAAGCGAUAUUACCAAAAAUAGAAAAUGCCAAAAAUACCAUCUCAGAAAAAAUGUGUCGAAUAUAUAUGCAUGUUUUGGGGUACAAGUAUGAUGAGAGAAAAAAAGGUGUGUAUUAUGAUGGGCAUGAGCGGCCCGAUGUAGUGGCAUAUAGGAAAGGAUGGUUAGAAAGAAUGUUUAGGUACAAGAUGUAUAUGAAAGACUUUGUUGGUGAUAUGCUAGAGAUAGUAAUAGAGCCCGAACUCGAAUCUGAUGAAAGAGAACUGGUACAAGUGACGCAUGAUGAAUGUCACUUUUAUGCAAAUGAUGAAUAG